UACGUACACUGCAAUCGUCACUUCGUUCGGGCACACCAGCGAGGUGCUAUGAUGGCCGGCAGUGUUGCUGCUCGCGAAUUGGUGCGGAGAAUUGUCGCUCAGCACGGCAUCGUCGUCUUCUCCAAGACCUACUGUCCGUACAGCAUGGAUGCCAAAGCCGUCCUCAGAUCAACAACAAAGGAGAUCGCAGCCAAUGCGAGCGAAGAGAACGUACACGUGUUGGAGCUCGAUCGCAGAGGCGACGAAUCCGACAUACAGUCUGCCCUCAGUGAUCUCACGGGUCGCACGUUUGUGCCGAGUGUGUGGGUGGGUGGCAAAUUCAUUGGAGGCAGUACGGAAAUUCGAGAUCUCUACGAAGUGGGCAAACUGGAGAAAAUGGUUCGCUCUGCAAUCAACUAGCUCUCGAGCCUACAAGAGUGUUGUACAGAUUUAUGAAGUUUAUACAAUAGAAUUUUGACUGCAUGGGCACUACUGGAUGGACUUCUACAGGACAAAGGACGUCCGUUUGACGUAUUCUCAAUUUUGUAUCACACACUGUAGCUUGUUCGUGGUGUCAGAACGUUGUUAGGUACUAACCUAGAGCUAAUUUCUUUGUCCGCGGCUUUGGCUUUCAUUGUGCUUUGAAAACACGAGUCUCUUGCAUGGA